AUGCCCGUCGCGGCCGGCCGCUGCCUCGUGCUGCUCUGCCUGCCUGCCGUCGGCAAACAGCUGUCGCUGCAGGUCACGCCGCCGUGUGAGAGCGAGCAGCACUAUGAGCACUCGGGGCGGUGCUGCACCAAGUGUGAGCCAGGAAAAUACAUGUUUGCAAAAUGCACUGGUACUUCUGAUAGUGUGUGCCAGCCGUGUGGCCCAAAUGAGUACAUGGAUGUCUGGAAUGAAGAAGACAAAUGCUUACUACAUAAAAUAUGUGAUCAAGGGAAAGCUCUGAAGGAAGUGAAUCCAGGGAGCAGCACGUCCCAGCGGCAAUGUGCCUGUAUGGCGGGGUACCACUGGAACGACGACUGUGACUGCUGCCAGCGAAACACCCUGUGUGCCCCCGGAUUUGGAGUCAAGCAGCCUGUGCAACAAGACAAGGAUACAAUGUGUACGCCAUGUCCCACAGGCUACUUCUCGAAGGUUGCUUCAUCCACCGAGGGGUGCAAAUCCUGGACCAACUGUACAGCUCUGGGAGUGGCAGAAAGAGUCCCUGGGACUGACAAGUCAGAUGCAGUCUGUGCAGAGUGGAAGAUGCCUGAACAACCAGAAGAUGGAACAAACAGGAUCCUGUAUGUUUUGAUUGUCAUCUUGUUUUUUGUGGCACUAAUUGUCAUCGUCAUCUUCAUCAUAUACUACAAGAACAAGGGGAAAAAGCUGACAGCAGAUCUACAGAACUGGGCCAACGAAGUGUGCAGCCAAAUAAAGGGAACAACGGAGCCCCCCAGAGGUGUGUUCGUAGACACAGGUGGAACCAACACUGCUGCUCCCCAGAUUCCUGAAGGAAUGUGCCUCCUGGCUCCUGAUGCUUAUUCUCCCCGUGGAAACACGUGCUGCACCAGCAGUCACCUUCUGUGCAUGAACAGCAGCCCCAAGACAGCUCCGUACGAGGCAGCAGGGAACCUCCAAGGGUUUUCUGUGCUCUCCGAGACUGAUGAUGACCAUUUCCCACCGGUCCCCAUGGAAGAUGAAUACACAGAUAAAGAUCUCAAUGCAGCUGAUUAUUUAUCUUUACUGAGUCAGCCUGACAGUAAAACUGUGUCAACGUUUUCAGAGCCAGUGGAGAUAGGGGAGAAUGACAGCUUAAAUCAGUGCUUUUCAGGGGUCGGGAGCACAGAGGACGUAUCAGCGGCUCAAGGCCCCGACUCUUCCUCCAAAAUGGACGGCACGCAUGCUGCUAUAGACAGAUAUCUUCAGAAGUGCUGCCAGCAGGCCCCCAGCUGCCCAAAGGAAGCAGACACCAGAGACACAGGUGGCUUUGCAGUGAACCACGACACGGAGAAGGUCUGCGUGAGGUGCGGCGUUUCAUACCGGGGCUCUCCCGGCAAGAGGAGCCAGCCGUACCGGGCAGGCCCCGGCAGUGCCCCCACCUCCCCCGAAACGGGAUCCUAUGCACAGUGCACCUGUGGCUUGCACAUUCUCUCUGCUGCUCAGAGCACUCCGGCAAGCGACCGUGGUGUGGAAGAUGCGUCUUCGGAAGGCACCGACACCAAGUCCCAGAGCACAAGAAGCACUUCAGGGACAAGCAGCAGCACCUCAGACCUUCCACCGGCAUCUGGAAAUGUGACUGGAAACAGUAACUCCACAUUUAUUUCAAGUGGACAAGUAAUGAACUUCAAGGGAGACAUCAUAGUGGUCUAUGUUAGUCAGAACUCCCAGGAGGGGGCGACGGCCGCUGGAGCGAGCGACGAGAGCGUGGGCAGCCCCGUGCAGGAGGAGGGCAGGCUGGGCCACUUCUCCGAGAAGGUGCUCAACUGA